AUGAAGCCAACCCCAAUCGCACAGUUAUUGAGACCAUGGAAAAAAUUUCGUGAUGGUUCAUUGUUCUAUGGCCUAACCAAAACUGGUAAUAAACGUGUUGCACUAACUACUAAAGACGGUAAUAAAACAAUGUAUAAAGGUACUAGGUCCAGUGGUAUCGGUAGACAUACUAAAAAAGGUCUCUAUAUUAUUAAUUGGAAUAAAGUUCGUACCUUUGUUGUUCCACAAGUACCUAAUUUACAAUUGAAACCAUUGGUAAGUCAUAAAUGCCCCCCACUAAAACAAACUUUUCCAAGUUAUAAACAAGGUCCUAUGGAUACAAAGUUUUAUUACGAUAGAUUGUUAGAAUAUAUUAAGUACGGCAAGGUUCAAUCUAAGAGUUCAGAAGUUGAUUGUUAUAUAGAAAAAUUUUAA